ACGAGGAUCAACAAAUUAAAAUCUCAGCUGGAUUCAGACCAAGAAGCGACCAACUCAAACAUCAAUAUGUUGCAAAGUGAUUUUAGAGCCCUAGACAAUGAGCAGUUUUAUUUGAAGGAUGAAUUGCAAAAAGUCGCAGGAGAGCUAAAGAAUCAGGACUCGAAAUCUACAUCGGACAUCCAACACUUAAAAUCUCAACUGGACUCUGACUGGGAAGCGACCAUGUCAAAUAUCACCAUGUUGCGAAAUGAGUUUGGAACCCUAAAUAAUAAGCAGGAUAAUUUGAAGAAAUUCGUAAGAGAUGAGCUGAGGAAUCAGGACGUAAAAUCAAAUUCAGACCUCAACCAAUUAAAAUCUCGGCAGGACUCUGACCGGGAAGUGGCCAAUUCAAAUAUAACCACGUUGCGAAAUGUGUUUGGAUCCCUGGAAAAUGAUCAGUAUCAUUUGAAGGUUGCAUUGCUGAAAUUCGAAGGAGAGCUGAAAAAUCAGGGCGUGAAAUCUGUAUCAGACAUAAAGGACUUAAAAUCUCAGUUGGAUUCAGACCGAGAAGCGACCAAAUCAAAUAUCAACACGUUGCAAACUGAGUUCGGAACCCUGGAAAAUAAGCAGGAUGAAUUGCAGAAAGUCGUAGGAGAGCUGAUGAAGAAUCAGGACUCAGACAUCAACAAAUUAAAAUCUCGGCUGGACUCUGACUGGGAAGCGACAAAUUCAAAGAUCACCGCGUUGCGAAAUGAAUUUGGAACCAUGAAAAAUGAGCAGGAUAAUUUGAAGGAUGAUCUGCAGAAAUUCGUAGGAGACCUGAUGAAUCAGGGCUCAUCCUAUAGAAGUGACAUUCGUGAGUUGGAAAACCGUUUAGUGGCUAACCAAAAUAGUUUGGCAUCAAAGAUUGAUGGAACACAAAUCGGAAUACAAGCACUGAAACAGGACCAGGACACCUUAAAGAGUGAAGUUAGCGACGCAAAGCAACAGUUUAGGAACCAGCUCCAGCAAUUUAAUGAAACGGUGGUGGAGCUAUGCAAGCAAAAGCGAUGGGUCGUGUCUACGCUGGAAAAUGGAAAAACGUAUCAUUUUUCGUUGCAAAGAAAUACGUGGUACAUGGCGAAGACGAUCUGCGAGGAUAAAGGAAUGCGUCUUGCUAGUCCGAAAACUCAGGAAGAAAUCAGUCUUUUGCAUAAAAAACUGACGGAGCUGGAGCCAGAUGAUGCUUUUUGGCUUUCUGCGUCUGAUGCGGCAAACAAAGGCGUCGAAUAUCAGUGGCUGGAUGGAGAGGUGCUCAACAGUACCUUGUGGGGAAAGGAAAGGUUACCAGACGACGACGGAAAGGGUUCUGCAUUCUGCGGUUAUAUCAGGAAAAUUCAUGAAGUUAAAUUGUACAAGGAUAAAUGCACCCACUUAGCCAAUUUCAUUUGCGAGAUGCAAUAAUUUUAUUAUUCACUGAUUUUAUUUGAAAAACUUCAACAUAUAAACUGAUUGUACCCUAAGAAAACUCUUAUAGCGUUUAUUUUCUUCGUGCGCAGGCAACCUAGUUCGAGCUGACCGUAUUUAUGGGGGUUAUGCUCAUUAAAGUUAUUGAUACAGCGUCAGGGGAGAAGCACGCCGACGUUUUGUCUCGAGUCUCGAGGGUGGUAAGAAAAAAAUGGGAUAUACAAAUGCGAUGCAGAUUGGUGUUUUGGAUCAAAUGCAUGUCAAUAGGGCAGCAGUGCCAAUAGCAUAUUUUCCCGCGAUAAAACAACAAAGUGCUUUCGUAUUCGGUCGGUGAUUUGAAUUUCCGAUUGUCCUCUACGGACGUCAGAGACUGUUUUGAUUUACAUGAGAAUCUCUUGGUAUUUUUACACCUACUACUAUGCUGCAUAAUUCAGGAAGAUUUCUUCAUAUCUGCCAUAUUUGCAUUAAAUUUGAUAUUUUUUCUAAAUUGGACAAGGACUCAUUUACAGAAUGCUGCGUAGCCUCCUAAUAAAUUAGAUUGGUUGCCUGUCGAAAAUUUUACGGAAAUCCCAUAAUUAUUAGAGCUAUGAAUUUUGAAUUUUGUUGUGUUUUAGAGGUUUUUACACAUUAUAUUUUAGGCCAAAUUUACAAAUUUACAAGUUUUUCAAUUAAAAUGGCACUUUCCCGAAUAGAUGUUUAAUUUUGUUGAAAUUCCGAUGAAAAUGUCAUAUUCUUACAAAAUACUGCUCUGAGUGCAAAAACAAAAAUGUUUUUAACCUACAAAUUGAAAUAAAUUGUAUUUUAUGUAUCAAAAAAAGAAAAUUAACCAAAAACUUUGUGUAAUUUUUUUCUCUUUUUAUGGGAAUUUUGUACGUCGUUUUUAUCUUAUUAUACCGUCUGAAUCGUUAAUAAACAAACCUAUUGUGUGCGA